AUGGGCGGCGCGGGUUGGGCGCGCGGCGAAGCGCGAGUCGCUGACGAUUCAGACUUCGAAACCCUAAAAACCCUCCUAGCAAAAGAAGACGGCUGGAACGUGGAAUAUGAGAAAGACGGGGUCAAAGUCUGGUCCGAGGAUGCCGCGCACGGCGCUCUACGAACAGUCAAGGUGGUGGCCGAAUUCGAGGACGUGGAGCCAGACGCUCUCUACGACGUUCUCCACGAUCCCGAAUACCGAUCGGUGUGGGAUACGCACAUGCUGGCGGCAGAAGACGCUGGGAACAUCAACGUCAACAAUGAUGUUGGAUACUACGCCAUGUCCUGCCCGGCGCCGCUCAAGAACCGCGACUUCGUGCUGCAGAGGUCGUGGCUGGAUACGGGUGACGAGAAGAUGAUCCUCAACCAUUCCGUCUACCAUAAGGAUUAUCCUCCCAGGAAGGGAUACGUCAGGGCAAUAUCGUUGUUGACCGGCUUCGUGGUUCGUUCUCGGCCUCAGGGGAAGGGCAGCUGGCUAGGUUACGUCUCUCGCUCGGAUCCCAGAGGAGCGCUGCCCGCUUGGCUAGUCAACAGGGUAACAGCGCAAUUGGCUCCUCGGUUAGUGCAUCAGCUCCAAGCCGCAGCUCGGAAGUACCCGGGCUGGAAGGCUCUGACUGAACAUCCCUACCACAAGCCCUGGCGACAUCCCGAGCAGGUCCCGCCUUAUCGGAUUUCACUUGCUGAUUGUGUAGACCCUGAUGCUCCACCACCGCCUCCAAAGCAGAAACCUGUCACUUCCAAAGCUAGACUCGAAGUACCAGCUCCUAAAGAAAUCGAGAGUCAUAGCGUUGAAGACCUAGGAGACAUAUCAUCAGACUUUAGUGUAGAAGUCGAAGAAGAAGUCCCAAAUCUACAAGACCCUAUUAAGAAGAAAGGAAAGUUCUACAAACUUGUGAAAUCUAUGAAAAAUAGAAGAAAAAGUGUGCAAGUAGCUAAGAGUGCUGAUAAUUUAAUGGAUGGAAAAUCUGAAGAAAAAGAAAAGAAGAAAGGAAUGAAGUUCCAUCGUAGGUUUAGUCUUAGUAGACGGGAUGACUGA